GAGGUUUAUUUUGAAUACUAUUUCCGGAUUUACUCAGUCUAGCUUGUCUGUUGUAGUGAAAGUGAGGGGCUCGGCUAACUGACUGAACCAAGUUUGUGCUCGCUGGUGCCAACGCCCGGCGAAAACAUCCAAUUUACCGAGUAUAAAUACGGAGCUAACGUAAUUGUCAGCAGCAGCAGCCGAAAGCACAGUGAUGCAGACUAUCAAGUGUGUUGUGGUGGGUGAUGGAGCAGUGGGGAAAACCUGCUUAUUGAUUUCAUACACCACCAACAAGUUCCCUUCUGAAUAUGUACCAACAGUGUUUGACAACUAUGCAGUAACUGUAAUGAUCGGGGGUGAACCAUACACCCUUGGCUUAUUUGAUACAGCAGGUCAGGAGGAUUAUGACAGGUUACGACCACUAAGCUACCCUCAGACCGAUGUCUUCCUAGUCUGUUUCUCAGUUGUUUCACCUUCCUCAUUUGAGAAUGUUAAAGAAAAGUGGGUUCCUGAAAUCACCCACCAUUGUCCUAAGACCCCGUUCCUGUUGGUAGGCACUCAGAUUGACCUCCGUGAUGACCCCUCCACCGUGGAGAAGUUGGCUAAGAACAAACAGAAGCCAAUCACUCCUGAGACGGCAGAGAAGCUGGCUCGAGACCUUAAGGCAGUCAAAUAUGUUGAGUGCUCAGCCCUCACUCAGCGGGGACUGAAGAACGUAUUUGAUGAGGCUAUCCUAGCUGCUUUAGAGCCCCCUGAAACUCAGAGAAAGAGAAAAUGCUGUUUGUUCUGAUAUCUUCCUGCAUCUUGCUUUGCCUCUUGAUUGUUUGCUGCGCUUUCAUUGUAAAGAAAUGUCUGUCACUGAAGUAACCACAAACUCUUGAAAUUUAAAACUCUGUGCCCAUCAAUGAUUUUUUUUGUUCUUCUGUUCCGAUGUGCUCUCUUUUCAACUUGGCCUAAUCACAGUUACUCACGCUGCCUAAGAUGAUACGAGUGCCAAUCUUUCAGUCUCCUUUUUGUUCAUCUGUAACUGGACAUGAUUAAGAUGAUCUUUCUUUUUUUUUAAAGCAUAUACUGUUCACUCAGUAUUGAGCUAAUCAAUUAUAUUCUACACAUCCACUUAAGCUAUACGUCUUGGACUGAGUUUUUCUCUGCUGCAUUAAAAUUUUCCACCGGCUUUUGUUGUUGCUUACAGUUUGAUCAUGAGAGUGUUUGAAUAAAGGAACAUUUUGAUUGCCUCACUCAAUUUCUACUCAGCUUUCUUUUGCUUAUGCAGCACAUCAAUUUGCACUUGGGGGUAGCUUUGUUAAAAAUAACAUCUUGUUUUCACAGAAAGGAUUAAAGAAUGUGUUUGAUGAGGCAAUACUGGCCGCCCUGGUGCCUCCUGAACCUAGGAAAAGGCCUAAAUGCGUUCUGCUCUAAGACUCUUCGCUGCUUUCUUCAGACUGUUUCCAAAAACUAGGUUAACAGUAUUGAUAUGGUUUUCUGCACAAGCACAUUCCACCAUUAGUUGAGAUGUCAUGAAAUUUUUUCCUUCUCACCAACUUAACCUAAAAACAUUUAAUGUGUUAAGUGAUUUUUAAAGUUGAGUAUCCUGUUAUGCUGUGCUGGUAAAUUUGACACCACUGAUGGUUGGAAACUGUAUGAACACUUGACAAACUGGAGACACUUUAAAAUGUUUGUUUGCCCUGAUAGUGUUAAUUUUUGCAGAGGUUUUUCAGAAGAACUCUGAUUAAAUACUUGUUUUCUCCACAUGGUGUCACAAAAUUGGAAUAACUGCAUUGUAUCAUUGAAAAUGACUCAAAAUGUGUUUCCAACUGCAACAUUCUUCUAUCACCAGCUUUUACAUUAGCAAUAAUCCUUCUUUUGUGUCUCUUAAGAUUUAAAUUCUCUUGAGUUAUUCCAACAUGGCCUGCAUGAUAUUUCUAGGCAAGUUCCCCCAGAUGGAGCCUGAUAAAUGAUGCCCAACAUGACAUCUAGGGACAUUUAACUUUAGAAAUAUUAAUUUGAAAAUGUAUUGCCACAAAAAUGUUCACAGCAUUUGGGUCAACCUUAAUACCCAUUGUAAUAAUUUAGAUCUCUUAAGCAUCUCAUCUGCAGCAGCUUGAUGUUAAAUUACCAAACCAAUGAUGUCCUUUCCAUGCUGAAUUUGUAAGGUGAAGUGUUGAAGUGACUUGUAAAUAUAGUAAGAGUAACUUAUUUACUGAAUGAAAUUGUGCAUUAUUCAUGAGGUUUUGAAAAGCUGAGAUGGCGCUGAAGUCAAAUUAACCUGAAAAAUGUCUUUUAUUGUAUUCAACCUGACAAAGUUGUACUGUAUUUUGCUUGUAAUAAAAAACACAAUAAACCAGUAUUAUGAUAAAAUCCUCAAAAAAA